AUGCCCGCUCGUGACAAGGUCUACAGUAUGGUCGAUGUGGCCAAACACAACACCCCCAAAUCCCUCUGGAUCGCCUAUCGAGGCAAGAUCUACGAUUUCACCGAAUUCGCCUCGGACCAUCCGGGCGGGGACGGUCUCAUCCUCAAGUUCGCAGGGGGGGAUAUGGGGGAAGCCAUGGCUGACCCUACCGAGCACGUACAUUCACGGGCGGCUUAUGAGAUGAUGGACGAGUUCCUCAUCGGACAAUUAGGAGGGUCGGAGAAGAUCGUCAGCGAGGAUUGGGUCCCUGAUCCGAAUUUUCAUCCGGAGGAUACGGAUACUCUAGCGGACUUUCAACGGUCGAAGUUUAUCGAUCUGCAGAAACCCCUCCUCGCGCAGGUCUGGAAGGGAGGGUUCAGUAAGGAGUUUUACUUGGAACAGGUACAUCAACCUAGACACGUCAAGGUCUCGGCGAGGUUGUUUGGGAGCGACCUGUUAGAGCCGUUGACGAGGACCAAGUGGUGGGUCGUUCCUAUGAUUUGGUUACCGAUCACGGCUUUUCUGGGGGUGUUGUCUUUGGCGCAAUUCAACGAUAGCACCUCCACUACAACUCCCUUGCCCGCCUUGUCAACACCGACAGCCCUGGCCGGCUUCACCUCCUCCUUCGCCCUAGGUUGUAUCGUAUGGACGAUCCUCGAAUACACACUCCAUCGGUUCUUGUUCCACCUGGAUUAUUACUUGCCGGAUAAUGGGGUGGCGAUCACUUUGCAUUUCUUGUUACAUGGGAUUCAUCAUUAUUUGCCUAUGGACAAGCUGCGGCUGGUCAUGCCCCCGACCCUGUUCUUCAUCCUGGAAACCCCGUUCACUCAGCUCGCACACGUCAUCUUCCCGAAAGCCAUGGCGAACGGGGUGAUCACCGGAGCCUUUGCAUUUUACGUGCUGUACGACAUGGUACACUACUUUUCGCACCACAUGAGGGUGUCCGAAGGGUACUUGGCGGAUAUGAAAAAGUACCACUUGGCGCAUCAUUAUCAGAACUUUGACCUCGGAUACGGUGUGACUUCCAAGUUUUGGGAUUACGUCUUCGGCACCGUACUGCCUAUGGAGGUCAAGUAG